UUUCACCUCAGUCGUUAAAGUUUGCGGAAGUUAGUUCAGCUAGACUGAACUUUCAGGGUGGAAAGUUUGAAAGGAACUAAACAGGUGUGUUCGACUCUGUUUGGUAUUUGGUAAAUCAGAUGGAUCUGAGCGGAGAGAAAAUUCAGCGGAUCCUCUCCAAAUACAAAUUUAACGAGGUUGCUGUUCAGGAGCUUGAGAAAAUCUACCAAACCUAUCCUGGGCUGAAACCUACACCUGGCACAUACACUUUCAAUGAUGGCACCCAGAAAGAUCUCCUUAAGUUGGUCGGCAACAUCCCUGUCGAGUAUGAAGGACGCUCCUACAACUUCCCUAUUGUGCUGUGGCUGAUGGAUUCCUUCCCCUUCACUCCCCCCAUUUGCUUCCUGACACCGACCCACAACAUGAUCAUCAGGGAGGGCAAACAUGUCGAUGCUAAAGGACGGAUUUACCUUCCUGCUCUGUCUAAGUGGGAUCAUCCCAAGACGUCGGUGGUGGGUCUUCUGGAUGAGAUGAUUAUCAAGUUCGAGGAUGAACCGCCGCUGUAUUCAAAGCCCAAAGACAGCAACAAAGAUCCACACGAGCUCCUGGCAUUUGUCAAUAAGAUCCAGAUUAAUGACGGUGUCCGACCCCAUCGCCAGCCUGUGAAAGUGUGUGUUGUCGGAGGGGGAGACUUAGGAACGGCUGCCGUGAUGAGCAUUUUAGCAAAAUGUAAAGUGGACAAACUGGUUGUCAUUGACUCUGCAGAGAAUUCUGCCAAAGGUGGCAGUACAGAUUUGGAAAUCUUUGAUGUGCCAAAGGUUGAAGUGUCCAGAGAUUUGUCGGCUUCUGCUGGCUCUGCAGUUAUCGUGGUCACGCUCAACGCCUGGAGCAGCAGUCAGUCGUAUUUGGGCCUGCUUCAAACUAACGUGGACUUGUACAGGAGCAUCAUUCCCAACCUGGCACGGCUCAGUCCCAGUGCUGUGAUGCUGGUGGCCUCACAACCAGUGGACAUCAUGACUCAUGUUGCCUGGAGACAGAGUGGCUUUCCUCCGUCACGGGUGAUCGGUGCAGGGUGUAACCUGGACUCGGAGCGACUGAGUCAUGCGCUGGAUAUUCACCUUAACACUCACAAAACGGCCUGGGUCAUAGGAGAACUGUCAGACAACAAAGUCGUAGUCAUGAGCAACACAAUGCUCAGCUCCAGUGUGCAGCCAGAGAUCGCCCCAGGCUCCAGUGCAACCAAACCUCUGUUAGACAGGGCUUUUGAUAUGAUCAAAAAUCAAGGACAGCGGUCUUUGUCUGUGGGUCUGUCCAUCGCCGACAUCACCAACAGCAUCCUGACAAAUUCCAUGAAGGCCCACUCUGUCUCCACACUUGCUCAGAGCUGGGGUGGUGUAUCCGCAGAAGUCUUCCUGAGCCUGCCGUGCAUUCUGGGAUCAGAUGGCUCCACGCGCCUGGCUGGAGUAUCACUGGGGAAGGAGGAGGACUCCAAAUUUAAGGACAGCAUCUCAUCCCUUUCGAACCUCAUGAAUCAACUGAGAAUAUGAUCCCAGGCAGGUGGAGAGUGUUCAUUAGAUGAAGGUGCUCUGAGCUUAGAAUGUGCAAUUUAAUCACAUGUUUAGUUUUCCAGUUAUCUUCUAUAUUUAUGUUAAUGUGGGAGAAUAGAACUAUCGGCUAUUGUUGUAAAUAUUUAUAAGCACUAAAUGCAUCAACACAAAAUCUGGACAAAAGAAUAUACCAUUGGGUUUAUAAAAGCUUUAAAGCACAAUGAAGAAGCGUUUUAAAAAAGAUUAAGCUAUUUAUAAUCUUUUAACAAUAAUUAUUUUUUGAAUAAAGAGAAUUGCUUUUUUUGUACUAACUGAUGAAUCAAAGCAUGGGGAAAUUUAAGCCUGUAUAUUACUGCACAUGUUUUAGUUUGUAUCACUGAUAGAGUACUGCUUGUGUAUUUUGUCAUUUUCUUUUUUUUUAAUCCUACAACAUAAGAAUAUUAUAUUUCAUGUUUUCCAAUACCUCUGUUUAUGUUAAAAUAUUCUACAGCUACCAGCCAAGAUAUGUACAGGAACAUGUGUGGGUGUGCAAUAAAUAAAAAAUAUUGAUCACA